AGGCGUGGCGGGCGGCGCUGAGAACGAGGAAGAGGAGGAUGGCGGCGGCGGCGGCUCGGGCCGAGCUGCGUGUGCUCCUGGUGCCCCGCUCGGAGGAGCCGCGGGGAUGGGCGCGGGUGCGGCUGAGCAGAGCCCGGGACGCCCUGGGCGCUCUCCUGCUCCCCGCCGGUAUCUACCUGGAGCCGCUGGGGCCGGGCGGGGCCGGGCGGGCCCGGGGCAGCGUCCUGCCGGGAGCCUGGGCUGACUUCAUGUGGGACAGCACGGAAAGUGAUGGUUUGCAGUCAAACAAGACAAAACUCCUGGCUCUUGGUCAAAGCCAUGACCUGUUUGUCUAUGAAUUCAGUGUGGAGGAUGGAAAACACAGCCCGAAUUCCCUGCACAGUUGUAAGGAGGCGACACUUAAAAAGCUCCUGGAGGCUAAAAGCAUUAGCCUGCCCUCAAUUUCCUCCGUGAAGAUUCUGUCUUUUGGAAACAACAAGUGCAAACUUCUGCUCAACCAGUUUGUCCUGGUGCACCUGAGCUUUCCUGCGGAGGACUCACCCCCGGAGAGCUGCGGCUGCUUCCCCCUGGCUCUGCCUCAGGAAGCUGUGGGCAGAAUAACAGACUCCCAGUUCUGCAGGGGGAUCCUCUUCCUGUUGGACAGUGCUGGCUGGAUCUAUGUAUUUGACUGCGCCGAUGGUGCCACCCUCGGGAAGGUGAGCGUGGCCCUGGGGGCUGGCCCAGCCCCUGUGUCCCCCCUGGCUGGCCUGGCAGUGUCCCCUGACCUCAGCACGGCCGUGGUGACCAGCUCCUGCCACCGUGCCCUGGCUGUGCAGCUCAACACCUACUUCAGACAGUUCCCUGAACAUUUGUUCUGUAAGAGAGAUCCUGAAAGUCUUGCGGUGAAGCCUCCAGAGGGACUGGAUGAGGAUGACCUGGCCAGUUCUGAGCACAGCAUGGAGCUCCUGUCGUCACCAUUCCGCACAGAGAGGUCCUGGAAGGCACACUUAUCCUCACUGUGGGACAGAGUAAGGAGAAGAAGAACACCACCUUCUCCAGGUUUGGUGGACGACUCGAAUUUGCCUUGGUAUCAGUUUUUUACCCAUCUUGAGGAUCACGAUCCUGAAAUCUGUGAGGAUCCAGAGACGAUGGUGGCCUUUGUUCCCCGGGCCGUGACGUGGGCGGCUUCCCGAGCGCUCCAGAGCCAGGGUGCAGCCCGUGGGGAUGCAGGGCAGCAGUGGGCACAGAUCCCCGUGGGAGCAGCCCCGGAAAUGGUGAAAGUGGAGUGUAAACUGGUGACUGGAGCUAAAGCUGUGUUCGUGGUGCUGGCACAGGACACGGGGCUGUCCCUGGUGCUCUGGGAUUUUGAGUCCCGGGACGUGACGUGUUCCCACUUCGGCAGAAGCAGUGUCUACGUGGAGUGCAGUGCAGAGGUGCCACUGUGUCUGCUGCUGACAGAGCGUGGUCUGUCCCUGGUCCUGUUUGGAUUAAGUCAGGAGGAGUUUCUGAGCAGGCUGAUGCUGUUCGGCAGCGCCGGCGUGGUGGAUUCCGUGUGUCGCCUCAAUGGGUGGGAGAGGUGCUCCAUUCCCAUCCAUGCCCUCGAGGCAGGUUUGGAAAAUCGCCAGCUGGACACGGUGGAUUUGUUUUUAAAAAGCAAAGAAAGCGUUUUCAGCCUGUGUGCUCCCUGCCCUGAGCACCCUGGGGAUGGAGCCUCCCAGUCCUACCUGAGGAAUUUGGAGGAGCUCAGGCCAGCUCUAAACUUGCUCUGCUCAGCCAUCCAGGACAGUGAUAUGGAGCCUCACAGCAAACACUUCUCGGAGCAGCUGCUGAACCUCACCCUGACUUUCCUUACCAAGCAGCUGGAGGAAAUCUUUGUGCACACAGAGGAGCCUGAUGAAUUCCUGCAGAAGGCUGCAGAUAUUUUGACUGAUUACAUCAUCAAGCUGAGAAAGUUCCUGAGGAAAUACCCUCGACCACCCAUCUCCCCAGGGCACACGGGAGCUGACCUGGAUGAGGACCUGCCUGAGAUAGAAGAGAGCCAAGAAUGGGAAAAACUGACACCAGAGGAAGUCAUUGCUGAGGCCAUCCUGAGCAACAAAAUACCAGAGGCCCAGAUCUUCUUCCGAAGGCAGCAGCAUCCUGCUGAGAGUCUCCAGGAGUUCAUCCAGACGGGUCUGAGCCUGGCCUAUGACUGUCUGCUGAAGGGCAGCACCAGGGAGGCCUCAGAGCUGCUGAGGAACAUGGGCUUUGACGUGAGGCAGGAGCUGCACAAGAUCUGCUUUCACACGCAGGACGGACGCGUCCGGGAGCUGCUGGUGAAGGUCUUACAAGAAGAAAAUUAUUUUUCUGAAAAAGAGAAGAAGAUGAUAGACUUUGUGCAUCAGGUUGAAAGCUUGUACUCGGAAUCCUUCAAGGAAAAUAUAGAGACUCAGUCUCUUUCCAGUUUCAGCAGCUGGAGCAGCUGGAGGAGGCAGCAGCAGCCGUGCGGGCAGCAGGCAGCUCUGGGCUGCGGCAGCCCCGGCAGCAGCAGGCUCCGGCUGAUGUUUAACUGGGCUCUCUGCUGGGAUCAGCUGCUGCAGGAGAUGAUUCUGCUGCCCAGGAAACCACGCCAAGAACUGAGGAGCUGCAGCGCUGAGGUUCUCUGGAUGCACCUGACAGCCCAGCACGACUGGUCCAGUGUCUGUUCCUGGAUUGAGGAGUCAGAGCCCAGCCAGGCUCCGAGUGGCCGAGCUGCCUGGCCCCCCCUGAGCCCCGACAUCGUUGACAGGAGCACUCUGUGCAGCACCUACAUGAGACAGGACAUCCUGAACAAGCUGGCCAGAAAGGGAAUUUUUGUCCGUUCUGAGCUGGACGAUUUUGAGCUCCUGCUCCAGAGGUUGUCGUGCCUCGGAGGAGUCCUGCAGAAUCCUCACCCUGUUCCAAAGUACAGCACUGCCAGUGGCCUGGAUUUCCACGCCCAGUUUGUCCUGCACUGCCUGGAGCACAGCCUGCAGUACCUGCUCUACACUUACCUGGACUAUUACAGUUUAACCCCUUCAAACUGCCCUGUCCUGGGUAAGAAGGAGCUGCAGGAGGCACAUCCCUGGUUCGAGUUCCUGGUGCAGUGCCGAGGGGUUGCCAGCAAUCCCCGAGAUCCCAAGAUGAUUUUCCAGGCGAGUCUGGCCAACGCUCAGAUGCUGAUUCCCAGCAGCCAGGGGGGUGUGAGCAGCAUCCUGCUGGAGGGCAGGACCCUGCUGGCCCUGGCCACCACGGUCUAUGGGCCUGGGGGCAUCGACCAGGUCCUUCAGAGCGAAGAUACAGAAAAGCCUCUGAAGAAAGUUGAUCCUCAGCUCUUGAAAAUGGCCCUGACCCCUUACCCCAAGCUCAAGGCUGCUCUGUUCCCCUCCUGCACUGCUCACGGGAUUUUGCCUCCUGACAUCUCUCUCUACCACCUUCUGCAGUCCUUAACGCCCUUUGACCCCAGGAAAUUAUUUGGCUGGCAGUCGACAAACACUCUUGCUGUGUCAGAUGCCUGGAGCGAGCUGCCCCACUUCUCCAGCCCCGAGCUGGUGAGCAGGCACGCCGUGCUGGAGAGGUUGGAUUUCCUCUUCUACCUGCUCCACGGCCGCCCCGCCUUCGCCUUCGGCACCUUCCUGGGGCAGCAGCUGGCCAGGAGCAAAACCCCCAGGCAGCUGAUCCUGCAGGCAGCACGGGAGGCGCAGGUUUUGGCCGUGUCCUCGCUGGGUGUCCCCUCGGUGGCGGCGGCCUGCGUUUGCUUCCUGGAGCUGCUGGGGCUGGACAGCCUGCGCCUGCGCGUGGAGCUCGGCGCCGCCAGCGUGAUCGCCGGCCACGGGAGCGGGAGCCAGGCCUCUCACCGCGGCCACGCCAGCCACUCCUUGGUGGAGAAGUUGACAAAGUUGGCUGAUGGUGAAAAAGCAGCAGCAGCAGCAGUUCUGACCUGGCUGGAAGAGGCCUUCUGGGCUGGCAUUGAGCACCAAGGAGUAAAGAGGACAUCCAGCGACUCCAGGAGGCAGUGGGCCUUGGUCAUGCAGUUCUGCAAACUCCAUAACCUGGAGCCGAGCACGUCCUUCCUGAGGGAGUGUGCCAAAUCCAACGAGUGGCUGCAGUUCCUCGUCCAGAGCCAGCUCUGCGGCCACCAGCCAGCCCAGGUCAUUCCCCUGCUGCAGGAUUUCCCUGCCGUGCUCCGGGAUCACCUGCUGCUGGCCCUGGGGAGGUUCCUGGGCGCCGAGCCCGGCGCUGCCCCUGCAGGGAGCCUGUUCCAGGUGCUGCUGCAGUGCCAGGAGCAGCCCAGCCCCUCCUGCUUCCUGCUGGCCCAAGCACUCCGGGCACAGGCCCCCAUCCUCAGCGUGCUGGCAGCCUGCUGCCCGGGUGCAAACCUCAUCUCGUGCCUGUGUGUUUGGAUCAUCACGUCUGUGGACGAUGGCACCAGGGCCGAGGCAGCCGCCCGCGGCCGGGGCCGGGCGGAGGGUCCCCGGUGGGACCUGCAGGACCUCGCUGUCCUCUGGAAAGUCUUCCUGAGGAGGCAGAAGAGUAAAACGCUCCUCAACGGCUUCCGGCUCUUUCUGAAGGAUUCCCCUUUGCUGCACCUCCUGGAGAUGUAUGAACUGUGCAUGAACUGUAAGAAGUACAACGAAGCUAAAACCAAACUGGCCGAGUUUCAGGAGAGCCUCACACAACUGGCGGCUGCAGGAGGAGCAGCCCCCGAGGUGCCGGGGCCGUGGCUGGAGGCGCAGGCGCUGUUCCUGCUGGAGCUGAUGCUGCAGCAGUGCCGGACGCAGUACGAGCUGCGGAAGCUGCUGCAGCUCCUCGCCGCGGCAGAGGGCCUCCCGCUGGAUGGCCCCUACGUGAAGCGGCUCUGUGCCCUCAGCGAGGCCCUGAGGGGCUCCUCCAUCUCCAUCGGCCGCUCCAUCCUGAGCCCCUGCAGCCUGGAGGCGUUCCAGAGGGAGUGCAGCUCCAUUCUGGAGCAGCUGCAGGAGCAGGGAAUGUUCAGCCUGGCUCGGGAGGUGGCGGCCCUGGCUGAGCUGCCCGUGGACGGCAUUGUCACACACGAGGUUCUGAGAGAUCUCCAUCAUCUCAGAGACACUGGGCAGUGGCAUCAAGCCCAGACAAGAGCCGGGUUCUGGGAGAAGUGCCACGACACCUUCAGCAAGCAUUCCAUCUGCAGCCGAGCCGCGGCGCGCUUCUUCCUGCGCCAGGCCGACGACGCCCGGGAAUCCUCGGGGCAGGAGAAGGCGAGCAGCGUCACGGAGAGACAGCUGCUGCUCACCCUGGCCGGGCACUGGCUGGCCAAGGAGCCCGAGGUGUCCGUGCAGGAGCUGGAGGAGGUGGAGAAGCGGAUCUGGCUGUGCCGCGUGGCCCAGAGAGCGCCGGCCGAGGGCUGUGCCGGGGAUCCGUCCUUCGGCAGCCUGGCUCGGCGCUUCUCCUUUGCCGAGCUGCCGGCCCUCAACACGGCCGGGCGCUGCGGGCUGCAGGCUCUGGCUGCCAGGGAGCCGCGGCCGGGGCUGGAGCAGCGGGCAGCGCUGGGGACGGAGCAGCGGGCAGUGCUGGGGACAGAGCAGUGGGCAGCACUGGAGCUGGGGCCGGAGCAGCGGCCGGAGCCAGAGCUGGGGCCGGAGCAGCGGUUGGAGCCGGAGCAGCGGGCAGUGCUGGAGCUGGAGCAGCAGUCAGACCCGGAGCUGGGGCCGGAGCAGUGGCCAAAGCUGGAGCAGCGGGCAGAGCUGGGGCUGGAGCAGCGGGCAGAGCUGGAGCUGGGGCCAGAGCAGCGGGCAGCACUGGAGCCGGAGUUGGGGCUGGAGCAGCGGUUGGAGCCGGAGCAGCAGUUGGACCCAGAGCAGCGGGCAGUGCUGGCCGCGCUGGUUGGAGCCCUGCUGGACGAGGGCAGCGUGCCCGAGGCCGCCCGCGUGUGCCGCUACUUCCAGCUGUGGCACAGGGACGUGUCCCUGGCGCUGCACUGCAGGGCCCUGGCCGCGGGCGAGGCCGGGCUGGAGCAGCUGCAGCCCGAGCUGCGGGCGCUGCUGGCGGGCACGGGCGAGGCCAGCGGAGCCAGCGGAGCCCCCGGCUCAUCCAGCCCGGAGGACUGGACCCCUCUGGGGGCCCCGUGUGGGGACGAUGCCGUGGUGGCAGCACUGAAGGCGCUGGCAGAGGAGUGUGUCCAUGGCAGGGGCUACUGCAGGCAGGUGCUGUGCCUCUACGAGCUGUCCAAGGAACUGGGCUGCUCCUUCGGGGCGGUGUCGGCGCGGGAGCCGCGGGAGGUGCUGGCGGCCAUCCUGGCGCGGCGGGGGCCGGAGCGGGGCCGCAGGGCCCAGGCCUUCAUCUCCUGCCAGGGGCUGUCCCCUGCCACCGUGGCCCCGCUGCUGGCACAGCAGAUCACCCAGGAGCUGCUGGCCUCGGCGCAGGGAAGAGGGCAGAAGCAGGUUUGGAACCCUGCAGUGGAGAGCGAGGCGCUCCUGCAGCUUGCCAAGCUGUGCCCGGAUCACACCUUGGUGGGGAUGAAGUUACUGGAUAAAAUCUCCUCUGUGCCCCGUGGGGAGCUGUGGUGCAUUACAGAGCUGCUGAUCCUGGCCCACAGCUGCUUCAGCCUGACGUGUCACAUGGAGGGGAUCACACGCGUGCUGCAGGCAGCUCGGCUGCUCACCGAGGAGCACCUGGCUCCCAGGGAGGAGUACGGGCUGGUGGUGCGGCUGCUGACGGGCAUCGGCAGGUACAAUGAGAUGACCUACAUCUUCGAGCUGCUGCACCGCAAACACUACUUCGAGGUGCUCAUGAGGAAGAAACUGGACCCGAGCGGGACGCUGAAGGCGGCGCUGCUGGACUACACCAAGCGCUGCCGGCCCGGCGACAGCGAGAAGCACAACAUGAUCGCGCUGUGCUUCAGCAUGUGCAGGGAGAUCGGCCAGAACCACGAGGCCGCCGCCUGCACGCAGCUCAAACUCAUCGAGAGCCGGCCCUGGGAGGAGUCUCUUCAGGAUGUUGCAAAUUUAAAGAAGCUGCUGCUGAAAGCUGUGACUCUCUUCAUUGAUGCAGCAGAAAGUUACUCCAAGGACUCGUGCGUGCGGCAGGCGCUGCGCUGCCGCCGCCUGACGCGGCUCCUCACGCUGCAGCUGCACUUCCUGGGCUCGGGGCAGAGCACCAGGAUCAUCAACCUGGGCAGGCAGGAGCUGCCCGCGGCCAUCCUGGCCUUGCCCAGGUUCUACCAGGCAGCCAUCGUGGCCGAGGCCUACGAGUUCCAGCCGGACUGGGCCGAGGUUCUGUUCCAGCAGGUGAUCACCAGGGGCGACUUCACGUACCUGGAGGAGUUCAAGCAGCAGCGGCCGCUGCGGCCCGGCCUGUUCGAGGAGGUGGCCAAGAGGGUCAAACAGCAGCCCCCCGCCGACGCUGCCCUGAGGAACCUGAAGCGGUUCCUCACCCACUGCGAGGACAUCUACACCUACUACAGGCUGGCCUACGACCACAAGUUCUACGACGUGGUGAACUCCCUGCUGAAGGACCCUCAGACUGGCUGCUGCCUCAACGACCUCUUAGCCAACUGAAUUCCACCUGAAUUCCUCUUAUCCAGCUGAAUUCCAGCUGAAUUCCAGCCUGGAGCGGACUGCAGGGUCAGUGCUGAUGAACACAGAUUCUAUCACUCACUGCUCACAGGGCUCUGCUGCUCUGCAGAAAUUACUCCAGAAAACCAGACAGGGUUGUAAGUAUUUAAAAUGCUGAGACUGCGCUAACCUAAAAUUGUGUGUUGUAUAAUAAAUCUGUAAAUCUUGCUGUUUAUAAAUCAAUUCUUUGAGUAGUCGCCAGCAAACACUGACUGGCUC